AUGUCGACAAAAAUGAUGGCAGCACAAGAUAUUUUCAUUAGAGAGUUUGCGAUGCAGACCCAGGGCGCUGUGCAGCCACAGUCAAACCCUGACCAGCUAAUAGGAAGGGUGGGGUUGAGCAUACGUUGCAAUGGGGUUAUUUCUCACAACCUUUUACUGAAUGCUCAAAUUCCGGGUCUGUACCAGUUCCAACUUGAUGACUGCUUCAGUACACCACCGAGUGUUUUCCAAGCCGCACCUCUGCAAGCCGCGCCUCCAGCAGCCACGCCUGUUCAAUCCGCACCUGUUGAGGCCGCUGCCGUUCAACUGGUUCAAAAAUUGAUUUCGCCCGAGGCAGGAAGGGCUGGAGGCAAAGCAGCGAAUUGGGAACCUUGA